CCUCCUCCUCCAGUUCUUUUUCCCCGCUGUGACCGUGGCCUUCGGAGUGUUAUUCAGCGACCACCUCGAGGAGAUGGGCGCGGGGGCGACUGAGUUCACCAUCAUCGGGAAUUUGCUGAGCACUGUGUGGAGUUUCACGGCCCUGCUCAUGGCCCCGCUAUCCGAACUGUUUGGUUACCGGAGUGUGACCAUCGUCGGCGGCCUUCUGUCCUUCCUGACGAUGCUUCUCUCCGCCUACAGCACGAACCUGACGUCGUUUACCUUCUCUUACUCCGUUCUUGGGGGUAUUGCCGGUUCACUAUCAACUUUCAACGGGUUCGCCAUCAUUCCUCUGUACUUCCAGAAGCGAAAAGGUUUAGCCAACGGUAUAGUAGCUUCAUGUUCGGCCUUGGGUAAGUAACAUUAUUAUAAACAUU